GUUCCUCACCACCAUCUAACAUCUAUCUGUCCACAAUAAAUAAAUAUAAUAAUAAUACUAAUAAAAUUAAUUAAUUAAGAGAAUAAUCCCACAUUCAUUCGCUACUUUCAACUCUCUCUCCUCUCUCUCUCUCUCUCUCUAAUUUUCUCUCUCUCUAACGGUUGCCGGGAAACUGAACUUGCUGUCGAUUUCUCUGCCUUGGCCAUGAAUCCAGAAUACGACUACCUUUUUAAGCUUUUGCUUAUUGGAGACUCUGGUGUCGGCAAAUCAUGCCUUCUUCUUAGGUUUGCGGAUGAUUCUUAUCUCGAGAGUUAUAUUAGUACCAUCGGUGUAGACUUUAAAAUCCGCACAGUCGAGCAGGAUGGGAAAACAAUUAAGCUACAAAUAUGGGAUACGGCUGGACAAGAACGUUUUAGGACAAUUACAAGCAGCUAUUACCGUGGGGCUCAUGGUAUCAUUGUAGUUUAUGAUGUGACUGAUCAAGAGAGUUUUAACAACGUCAAGCAAUGGUUGAACGAAAUUGACCGAUAUGCAAGUGACAGUGUUAAUAAGCUUCUUGUUGGAAACAAGUGUGAUCUCACCUCACAGAAAGUCGUGUCCACCGAGACAGCUCAGGCAUUUGCUGAUGAAAUCGGGAUUCCUUUUAUGGAAACAAGUGCGAAAAAUGCCACCAAUGUGGAGCAGGCUUUCAUGGCUAUGUCUGCGUCGAUCAAGACCAGGAUGGCAAGUCAACCAGCCAACAAUAGUGCCCGACCUCCGACUGUGCAGAUCAGAGGACAGCCUGUUAACCAAAAAUCAGGCUGCUGCUCUACCUAAAAUGACAGCUCCCUAUUUGGAUAAUGUUGCGUUUGUUCCUCAUGAAAUGUAAAACCACUAGAAUUCUCACCCAGUGUGUUGAGAAAACUUCAUAAGUUGGUUGGUUGGUUUAUCCCUUGAGGAGUAUGUUAAAAUAUCUAUUCUUUUUUGUCAUGUGUUUGAUCAUCAGUUAUUACAGACAUUUGUACAAACUAAAAGUAUUGGUGAAUACUACUAAAUUUGACUGGGAACUAUAACCAAUAUUGUGCAAACAUAAACUAAAUUUCGACUCUGAUA